GCAGAGACCCUGAGGGUUCAGAACCCAGUGGUGACCUCUGCGGCAGAGCCGAGGGAGGAGGGCUGUGGCAUUUGCUGGCUCUAAACCAUAUCAGACGGCCACAGACUCAUCUCAGAGGGGAUGAACAAUCAGUACGUCCGUCGAGAGGUCUUCUGUAGGAACACCUGCCACGAACUCAAGCGGUUCUGGGAGAGGGAGAUCGGCAAGCAGACGUGCUACAGAGAGUCUGAGGAGCACCGCCUGGGAAGGAGCGCGCUGAGAAAACUCAGGGAAGAAUGGAAGCAGAGGCUGGAGACGAAGCUGAGGCUGAGGAACAACCCAGAUGAGGCUGAGAAGCAGACAAAUGUCAGCUGAGGGCUCCCGCAGCCCCGACCAGGGCACCGGAGGUCACUCCGCUAGAAGCCAGUUGAACCCCAAGCCCCUCUGCUUGCACAUCCUUCCCUAAUGCCCCAUGGCAGCUGCUUGCCAAGUCUUCCUCUCUGCAUGGAAGUCAGGCUACUACUCCCAACGCCUCUGAACGUGAGCUUGUUUAAUAUCAAGGGGUUUGUUUUCAUAUCACUCCCCUCUAGCUUUAAAAUACUUGUGUUUUAAAGUACGAGCAUACCAGAAGGGUGCACAUCAGAAGGGGUUCCAAUCUUCCUGGUCUUACUUUAAGCAUUGCCCCACCGUUUCACCCAGGAAACAUCACUACAUGAAAUCUGUUCUCGUAUUUCCCUUUGAAGAGAAGAGCCCAUCUACAGGAACAGUAGCACCAGUAGUCAUAACAUAAGGCUUGCGAAAAACCAGCCUCUGUGUGAACUCAUGAACCAUGUCUCUCAAUAAAAUAUGGAAAUAAUUUUAAUAAACUCAGUCGUGUGCUAGUCCGUGAGC